CUUCUGUCUGCAAAUGCGUCUCGCUUCCCUCUUCAACUCUCGGUAUCUAUCCCAUCCCGCACGUGUUGUGGUCGAUCGUAACGUUGCGAGGUAGGCAGCCUGUUUUCUCUUCGCUGCGACACUCCUCGUCGUACCAGCUGUGCUUUUGCACUUUCGGAAAACCAAUGGUUUCGGUUGCAGCUGUACGUAAGGAGUUGGAAAUGCCGUCCAACAGUUCCCUUAUACUGAGAUGUUGACGAGUGCUCUCAGAGAGCAGGAGUGCAAGCCGAGUAGAAAAUCGUUCGGCUGUCUGUUGUGAUUGCAGCUUCUCGACGUCGAACCUUCCUUGUGUUUGUUGGCGUGGUCGUCAUCAAAAGGCUGGUCUCUCAUCCGAGGCUGUUUACACUUUUUCAUUGGGGGUGUUUUUUUACGUGGCGGAUCCCAAACCCGGCGCACAACCCUAUGCAGGGGAUGUUUCGCCUUCUCACUUUAGCUCGCCUUCAAACGGAUGUUCUUAGGCUACCCAGAGGAUACUUGGUCAAAGACCGGAAGUCGUGAGCUGCUUGAGUCACAUGUAAAGGAAUCGUUUCUAGCCACUCCCAAGUGAAUGGCAAUCAGAGAACUUUCCUUACUUGCGUGAACUUCUACACAUGACUCCAUCCUCCAACCUGAGUUGCUUACAAAUUAUAAAAAUACGACAAUCGAUUAAUAUCUAUGAUGAUCUCUAUUCUGUAUAUUCAAAAUGGCAGACAAGAGCUCUUUUUAGUUUUGUGACCGGCUAACUACCAGGUCUCAAUAUUUUGAGACUAACGCUAGAGAGUGUUUAGUGAAUAGUAACUAGUCUCAAAUUGAGACUUUGCCUCAAAAUGUCUCAAAUAGAGACUAGAGACUGGUUACAGAAUCCCGCUACAAGAUUACUUUAAAAAAUAUAAAAAAAUAAUUGUUAAUUCUUCUUCAUUUAAGAUAUUUGCAAUUUUCGAAGGAAAGUUCUAAAGCUGGAAUUCAAUAUCACCACUUUAAGUCUCAAAUUAUAAAAUUUAAGUUACUUGUUAGUACAAAAUUAAUUAAUUUAAGAUAAUAUUGUUUAGUUAGCUUACAUACAUAUGUAUACAUAAUCGGCCCUGUCGUAGAAUCCGACUUGGAAUUGGUUUUUACCGGAAAUGAAAACCGAUAUCGGUUUCAUUUGGUGUCGCAAAAUUCUAUCGGAAUAAGCUUUUUUCGGACAUGAGCAAAACCGAUAUUCGAAUCAGUUGUUCCAUUGAUGUGUUAAAUUAAAUUUACGCUUAUUUGUAAACAAUAGAGCAUUUUUAUAAUAUUUGAACUGUUUUGAGAAAAUUCAAAGAAAAUAACUGAAAUAUAUUAUGGCAGCUGAUAUUGCCAUAUUACUUAUGAUGGAGGAGGAGCAGCAACACAGUUUAAAGCGGCGAAUAUUACGAGAUAAGAGCAACCCUCUCGAGCUGCCGGAGUCAACAUUUAUUGCUCAAUAUCGCUUAAACAAAGAAGCUUUUGUUAUGGUAUUGGACAAAAUUCAGCCACGCUUACGUUCAUCGACGAUUCCCGCAGUGCUUCAACUUGCUGCAACGCUUCGUUUUGUGGCCGAAGGCCCAUAUCAGCGAUCAGUGGGAAAUGAUGCAAACAUAAGUAUGGCAAGAAGCACUAUAUCUGAAGUGCUAACACGAGUGAUAAAAACAUUAAAGCAUUCUAUAUGUCAUCAAUGGAUACAACUUGCAAUGGGAGCCAGUGAAAAACAACACUCCAAAGACUAUUUUUAUAACAAAUAUAGAAUUCCUGGCAUCAUUGGCUGCAUCGAUGGAACACAUAUUAAAGUUAUAAAGCCUUCCACUGAUGAAGACCUCUACUUUAAUAGAAAAGGAUUCUUCAGUAUGAACGCUAUGAUUGUUUGCGACAGUAAUAUGACGAUUCGUGCAGUAGAUGCAAGGUAUCCUGGAUCCAGGCAUGAUGCGUUUGUUUGGAGCAUAAGCACCGUUCGACAGCACUUUCCUAGGGAGUUCGAAAUUGGCGAUCGAACUUCCAGGUUACUAGGAGACAGUAGAUAUGGUAUUGAACCGUUCUUGUUAACUCCAUACAGAGAUCCUGAGUACGGCUCACUGCAUAAUACUUUUAACAGGGCUCAUUCUUCGGCACGCAAUGUGAUUGAAAGAACGAUAGGCCUUUUAAAAAGUCGCUUUCGAAGCUUACAAGGUACAUUGCAAUAUAGCCCACAAAAGGUGGUUAAAAUUGUCAAUGUUUGUUGCGCACUGCACAACAUCUGUCGGUGCUAUAACAUUGAAUGCCCCAAUAUAGAAACUAUCACCGUUUCCAUAGAAGUUUACGAGGAAAAUUCUGAAAUUUUAUCACAUAAUAGAAUGCAAAAUGAGGGCCAACGGAUCCGAAACGAAAUAGCAAACGCUCUUUAAAUCUAUUAUUCUUUUGUUAAGGCUUACAACAUGAAAUGGUUUAUUUAAAUACGUAAAUCCUUAAAUUAAUUAAAUUAUAGAAUUCAUUGUACAUAUGUAAAUAGUUUUAUUUUAACGUAUUUUAAAUCAGUCAUACUCUUCCAAGGGAUCAUACUCCUCCUCCUCAUGUUUGCGUAAUACUUCAAGCAUUUUUUUGCUGGAUUUUUUGAAUUCCUGUGUUAGGUUAUUAACCGCGCUGACUAAAACCUUGUCUGUCUCCCUCCUAAUUUUUUGAAAUUCGAGGAUAGCAUCCAUUUUGUUAGAUAUGUCCUGCUUCCAUUCUUUGUCGUACUCAAGAAACUUUUUUAGCCGCUCAUUUGUUGUUUCUUAUGGCGUAGGUUUUUGGGCGAUAGAGGUGUCAAGACGAGGACGUUUCGCAGAGGUUGAAGGGAUAUCGUCAUCGCUUGAUAUUAAAUAUUCUUCCUGGAGACCAAAUGAUAGUCCCGAAACCCCUCCAACACUCUGAGCCAUUCCACAAAUGCGUACAAUGGUUUCCUCCGUUUGGUUCAAUGUAUACUUAGAAAAUGGUCCUCCACCAGAGGCUCGAGCUUCGAUUUUAUUCUGCGCCAACUUCUUUUUCACUUCGCUUUUCCAGUCCGUCCAUAUCUAAAAAUAUGAGAAAAGAAUUAGAAAAUGGAACAGGAUUUCCACUAGCAUGAGUAUGAAAGCAUUGUUGAUUACCUUCUUCCAACCGUUCACAUCCUUUAUUGGCGGGCCUGCGCUGUUAAGCGACUCUGCUAAUUGUUGCCAAAGGAGUCCACAAGCGCCUUUUCUCGUUUGAUAAACCCUCUGGCGAUGUCGGGAUACUUCUCCAUAAACUGCAACAGUACAUCAUUUUGUCCUCUAUUUUUAUGUUUUCCCCUGGAAAUGUUGAAAUAGUAUCAACGGUAUGUUAAUAUUCAAAUGUGAAUUACAUUUUACACUUUGGACAAAAUAUAUGUAUGUACUUACAUUUUAUAAAAAAUAGUAGCUACAUCGUGUAAAUAUGGCACAUAAAAUAAAAACGUUAGCGAUCGUCUGACCGUUUUGUUUCUGAUAAGAAAACCUACAAACCCGGAAUUUGCGACACCUUAAACCUAUAAAAAUGCGUUUCGAACAUGAAAAUCUAUAAGAUCGGAUUGUGCGACACCCUUCGAAAAAAACUGUCGGAUUGAAAUGCGAUACCGAGAAAAUCGGAUUUUACGACAGGGCCGAAUGUCCGAAUAUUAAGAAUUAGUACGACUAGUGUAAAUUUUUAAAAGUUUUACAAAUAAUAUUAAUUAUGGGUUAGUUCGUAAACGCAGUAACUUGGUUGCACUGCAUAUUUGCAGGGGCAACGCGUUCGUCAAAAAAACCUGCGGCAAUACUGCUCUUCGUCAAAAGUUUUUUAAUGCAUGCAGUUUGCAGCACUUCGGCAAAUUGUCGCAGCCAUUGCAGUAAUUUUUUUUGAAACUGCGUAGAACCAAAGGCGAAAUGGAAGAGUGAGUAAAAUGAUUUCUAAUUCUACAUAUGUCUUUAAUUAUUAAUAUGAUUAUAUAAUAAUAAUAGGCCUUAUUUACAUUUAGAUCCCACGAAUUUUUUAAAUCACUUUUUAGUAAAAGAUUUCUUCUCUUUACUUGUUUAAUCCUUUUUUUAUUGUAAUUCAAUAAAAUAUUCUCACUCUGAGUUCCCUGGUUAUCAAUAAUUACGUUAAUUAAAAAUUCCAUUUCUCUGGCGUUCGUAAAUGCGAAAAAAUUCUUCGCAGCACAAUCGCAAUGGCAAUGCAGUAGAAUCGCAAUGAUUGUGCAGUAGCAACCACAGCCGGCAAGAAUGCAGCAGGGUUGCACAAAAUUACUGCGUUUACGAACUAACCCUAUCUUUAAACCAUGUAUUUUAAGCUUAAAAUAAAAUAUUGAAAAUAUAGUAUACAGUAUAUAUAAAUGUUAGCCAAAAACUAUUUUAAAAAGAAAAAAAAAUAUUCUUUAAUCUAUAUACUUAUGUAUAAAUCUGAAUAUUGAAUAGCUAAUCUAAAAUAAUUUCUAUAAAAACGAAGGAAAAAUAUUGUUACGAAUUUACUGCUUGCUAGUUUACUUUGUUAGGUUCGUAUCUCUGGAUUGACAAAUAAAAUCAACACUGUUUCAUUUAAUUCAACAACUCUUUAUUUCACAACUCGUCUACACUAUGGCAGUUUAUUCUUAGCACUGAUUGAUUACGUUGGCGCUGCCACGGCUUAUAUAGCCACGCACUUCUCGCUGAUGCCGACGUGUUCUUUUAGAAUAUCGCGUCUGGAAAUUACCAGAACAUACGGCUAUACGGCGCCAGACGCAAGCAGACAGUCGCGGCGCCAGACUCAGCAAUUGUUUAACUAGACAAGCAGACAGUGCGGCGCCAGAUGUCUACAACAAGACAAAUGCUAUUCCAUAUACCUACAGCUAUUGUUCAUAAUCAGGGAUGCAUAUAGUAAUACAAAUACAACUUAAUACUACUUUU